UCCACGUUUUUCUAGGUCUACCUCUACCGGGUACCCUUCCAAACCCAUAACUAACGUUCUCCUUGUAACAUGCGAUUCGUUAAAUCAUCAGAUGGCUAGCGAACAUUAAAACAAAUUGUAACCUAAUUUAAAACAGUAAUCUUUGUAUGUCAUCUCAAGAGGGUAUGUUUACCCAAUCCAGUAAUUAUAAUGAAGUAAUAGCUCGUGCAGAGCCUCCUGGGGGAGCCCUCGAGCUUAGUUACUCAUAAACGAGGUUGCUAAGCGCCUUCUGCACCCGGCCACCUCAAGCCCGGUGAGUCUCUUCAAGGGAAACAGUGGCCAUUCAGUCACAAAAAAAAGCGUUUGGUUAGCUUAAUAUACGUAAUUUUGCAUUAAUUUUCACGCGAUUUUUAAAGACAGCCGCAUAGUUCGUUUGAGCCUUAAAUUGUACAAAUAUGUAGCUUGAUUCGUGUUUUUGCUCUCAAGAGCCAGUCGCCCUUGGAGAGUGAACGUGGAUGCUUGUGUUAUAUCUCGAACGUAUUUUAAAAGCAAUUCAGUGAUUACAAAGCAAAAUGCGGUUCGUGAGGACAAUAUUGAUUUUAUCUCUAGGUGUAACCUUAGCUGAAGAAACAAUAAAGGAAGAAUUCAAUAAUUUAGCAAAGGACAUAGAGAAUUAUAUGAAUCAAUACCUACCUCAACUCGAGUCGCGGAUGUUUGACACAACAGAUGAUGACGCAAUGGUUUUAUCUUACAUCAUCGCAAAUGCAACGAAAGAUAUAUUAAUGAAUUCAAAAACUAAUGAUGACGAUUAUGUGAAGAAUAUUUUAAAUAAAAUGAAGACAACGGAAAUCCCAGAAGUUGACUUUGUAACUAAUGAUCCCACCGUUGAAGAGAAUAAAAAAAUGUUGGCCCCAAAAGCGAUAAUCGCAGAUAAAUACACCGAAGUCAUAAGAAAAAAAACAAAAAAAGAAAUUGACAGCGAUACGGAAACGAGCUCCUUUUUGCAAUCUACUGUCAAACAAAUAUCUUCAAAUGAAAAUACACAAAGAAAAGAUGCACCUUUUUCUGUACCCCUGUAUGUGAUGGGACGUGGUAGUGUUUAGUGAGAUAUUUACACCAAUAACGUCAAAUAAAGCUGUAUCAGCAACCAGCAUAAUAUAGUGAAAAUCAAAUAGACACAAAAUACUAUAGCCUGUCCAUUUAUAAAGGUCAGUGGUCACACGCCUUGUAGAAACAAGAGCGCUAAAUUCAAAACCAUAAACCAUAACAUUUUAUUUUUCAGAAAGCAUACGAACAAAGCGCAGACUUCCCGGAUAACUAAAAAUACGCGGACACGGCUAUUAUAAUAAGUAAUUUUAAGUGUAUUAAGUUAUAGUUCGUCUAAAUAAGAUAGAUUAGUUUGACAAUUCAUGUGACAAUUUAGUAGGGAUGGGUUGUGUAAAAUCGGGCAUGAA